AUGGCGGAGGGCCCGCCACGCCCGCCUGGACCGAGGCAACACCAGAACCCAAACCCGAACCCGGCCGCCUUCCAGCGUCACGUGCCUUACGCCUUCUUCGCUGCCUCACUCUUCCGGGCGCCUGGUUCGCCGUACCACCCACUUUCUCCUUCGCCGCCGCCGCCGUAUCACGGCUUCCCGCCGCCGUAUCACCGAUUCCCACCGCCGUAUCACGGCUUCCCGCCGCCGUAUCACGGAUUCCCGCCUCCGCAGCCCCACCAGGGCUUCCGGCCGCCGCAGCCCCACCAGGGCUUCUGGCCGCCGCAGCAGCACCAGGUAUUCCCGCCGCCGCAGCAGCACCACGAUUUUCCGCCGCUGCGGGGAUAUGUGGCUCUGCCGCCGCGGGGAUAUGCCGCUCCGCCGCGGCGGGCAUAUGCUCCAUUGGUGCGCCUCCCCGCUCUUCCGCAGCCACAGGCCCCGGACUUCUUCCAAGCCGCUCCGCCGCGGCAGCAGCCGCCGCGGCUGCAGCCGCCGCGGCUGGCGCCACCGCAGCCUCGGGCGCCACCGCAGCCUCGGGCGCCACCUCAGCCUCGGGCGCCACCGCAGCCUCGGCCGCCACCGCAGCCUCAGCAGCAGCCGCCGCGGCAGCAGGGUCCGCCCUCGUCCGCCGCCGCGGCCUCGCGCCCUUCCUCCUCCGCCGCCGCGGCCUCGCGCCCUUCCUCCUCCGCCGCCGCGGCCUCGCGCCCUUCCUCCUCCGCCGCCGCGGCCUCGCGCCCUUCCUCCUCCGCCGCCGCGCUACCGGAUUUCGACCACGCCGCUCCGCCGCCACAGGGCUCGGCUACCUCCAACGCCGCCGAGGCAGUGCGACGUCGUUCGCCGCCACCGACGCACCAGGCUAAACGCCCUCGCCCCAGCCUGGACAUGGUGAGGAUCGACACUUACCGUCCACCAACGGCUGCCUUCGCCGGGGGACCGAGGCAAGCUUCGUCUCGCGGGCCUGCCGCUCUCAAGGCCUCGGAUCACGCGACCCUGGUGCCGUCGGCUCCGCGAGGGCCGCCGGCUGUGCAGAGGAUGGACUUUUCCGACCAAAAUCCUCCGACCCGCCCGCGGCUCCGACUGCCCCUGCCGCGUGAGCGGGAGCAGCCUCUCCCGCAACCAGCGGAGGCCGCACCGGUGGCUGUACCAGACCUCGGACCGCUCCAAGGAGGAGCGCUGGAGGACGCACCGGGGGCUGCACAAGAGCUCGGAGUCGUCAACGCGGCUAACCCGGAGGUUGCUCAGAAGGAAGCCGACGAUGGUCAAUAUCAGCUUUUCGGGUUGAUGGAGGAUGCAGAUGAUGACCACUAGGCUGCUCAACAUGAUCUAAUGGAUGGCUAACUCGAGAUAAAAUAGGAAAAGCAAGAGGCCUUGGAGGAAAAGAAUAGAUCAAGUAGAAAAUGAGGUAUUCAACGCUUCGCGAGGACGGAUGACUUGGAGCCAGGGUGAUCACAGCAGAAGGAAAAGACAUUCGGAAGAUCCUUUCAUCUCAUUAGAUUGUGUUUAGUGUUUGGCUCUUUGAGAUGGCAGUUCUGAUUCUUUUGGGAUGCUUUUAUAUGGUCUUCGGCGAAAACUGACGGUUCCCUGAGGGCUCAUAUUUGUGUUCUGAAUUCAGUUUGCUGUUUUUGGAGAUCCUCUCUCAUUGCUGAUGAUGUUGAUAGAUGGUGAGAUGCCAGAUGUAACAGCCUUUAGUUCUUUUGCUGAGCAGUUUGAUCGAGCUGCUUUAUGGAUACAGAUGAUCUCAUUUUUGUUAAUGGCACAGGGAUGGCAGCCAAGAGUACCCAGGUUAACGGGAUAGUUUCUUUGCUGAGCGGUUUGAUCAAGCCGGUUGAUGCCUAUAGAUGAUCUUGUUUUUGUUGGUUUUUGACUUAGCGGCUGUAGUUCGAUCGUUAUUGCUUGUGAAUCUAGCUUUUUCUGAUACUUCGUGGGAGUGCUUUGUGAGUGGAGGAUUAGUUUCUGGGUUGUGCUCUUAUUGUAAAGACCUGUCGGUUCCCAGCACGUCGUCAGUGUUAAUAUUUCAGAAGUUCUGAUAGCGGCAAUCAAACUUUUCCAGCGGGUUGGCAUAUUAACAUUGAAAGUCCUCCUAUGCUCCCCUCCGACGACCCGCUCCGACAAUCAAGAGCUUCCUGGAGCUGGCAGCCAUGAGGCAGGAAGCUCAGCAGCGAUUCACAGUGCAGUUUUCCAGGGGACAACUGCAGACAGAUACGAAAUUCAGUUAACUGAAGACAAGCACCAAAUUCAGCUAACUAAAGAUAUAGACCAAAUUACAUCGUAAAGGGUGGUGGCAGCGGACGACACACCAUCUGCCUGCUGCCUCCCUUUGCUCUCGUGAACAGCUAAAAACCGUGGUCGGGAGGAGGUGGAGCUUGGCCGCCCACCGCGCACGCAAUGGAGAACGACAGGGGAUGGGAGAGACGUAUUCCAGCAGUUGCACUAAUAUUUUGUGUCGAUUCAUCGAGUGCACGAGCUAAGUUAUUCCCUGAUCAGACAAGUUCCUCUCAUGUGCGAAGUUAUUGUGCUUUGCACAGGUGCUUUUUUGUGCUUGUCUGUAGUAUUCAUCUAAUUGUUCUUAUACAUUUAUGGAGACCUUUUUGCUUGCUGCAUCAACCCUAUUUAUGUAAGUUGCUAUUAUUUAAACAUUUGACUUAUUCAUGUGAAUUUUUUUGAGGCUACAUCUUAGUGCAAGAUUGGAGAAGCUGCUAGGACACUUCCUGUAGACUGAAGUAUCGAGGAGGUUGCUGCCAACGAAUCUGUUGGGGAGGAACUCACUGUCGUCGCAUCUCCGUGCAUGGGUUUCCCCCCUUCGCAUUCAUGAUCGUGGCUCCAUGUGUUGACCGGCUUUCCAGGCUCAUGGAGAGUAUCUUGCGUGUGGGUAGUCACAGAAACAAAGGGAAAAGGCUUUGCGCCUCCCUCUCAAGACACCUGCGUCCGACAGACCAGUGUUCCAUGUUUGAUUGCAUUCACCAAGACCUAGGAGCUCAAUUUGGCUAGCAAGAUUACAUUCAGACGAUCCAGUUGGAUGGUGUUUUGGAUGUGACAUGGUCUCCAGCAAACUUGCUGCACAACAAGUUUAGGCCUCGUUCGGUGCCAGAGAUUUCAUAAGUGUUUGGGCCGGUUUUGAGGUGUUUUUUUCGGGCUCGGGCAAAACACCUGAAAACACAUCAAAACACGUUUGGGCUGUUUGGUAGGCCGGUUUUGGCCCGUUUAGGUCCGAGGAAACCUGCCGAAACCCGUCGGGCUGGAGUGGAACUAAAACGCUUCACCCCCCUCGCGUUUUCUGGCGGCUGGCGACUGGUGACGAGGGCGACCAGAGGGUGACGCAGCGAUGAGGCAGGAAGACGACGCCGGCGCCGCCGCUCAAAGAAGCCGCCGUCGCCGCUCAAAGACGCCGCCAUCGCCGACGCUCCCUCUCCGUCGCUUCCUCUGAUGCGCUUCUGAAGCUCCCUCUCCGUCGCUCCCUCUGACGCGCCGCCGACGUUCUUGCCGCCGCAGACCUUGAGCUCCUGCCGUCGCCCCUCCUCUCCGUCGAAGUUGGAGACAUUCUAAUAACUCCAGAUUACUGCUCCAGCAUGUUGGGAAGAUGCAAAGUAUUCUAAUCCGUUCUGCUCAGCUCAAUGACAUUUCUUGGUGAAAAAUCCGAUAAUAUAUUGCUUGUUUGUGUUCAGAAUGAUGGGAAGAUGAUAAGCCAUUUUUGUAACAAAUCUAUGAUAAUUUAUUGCUCCAAAAAGUGGAUUGUGAGAUCUGAGGCCAUGAGCUAACUGAACCAAUUAUUGAAUUUCUAUCUAUUCAGUGUAAUUAUUGAAUUUCGAUCUAUUCUAAUGUGCUAAAAAGAUUGGAUUUUUACUUGUGA